UUUUGUAUGAAGAAAAUAUGGCAGCCACUUUUUGCUUCCUGUUUGAUAAAAAACUUAAGAAAUUGCAUUUCUUGUACAAUUAGAUUUCUAUAUUAAAUUUGAUUCAGAACUGAUAAUAAAUGCCUAGUUAUGCCAAUGGAACCAAGAACCAAUCAGCCGGAGGUCUGGAAAAAAGGCCAACAGGUUGUUGCAAAUUAUAAUUUUCCCGGUUCAUCAAAAGAAGAUUUACCCUUUAAGAAGGGUGAUUUAAUUACAAUUAUUAAUAAUACAAAGGAUGUGAAUUGGUAUAAAGGAAAGAACGAAAGUGGACAAGAAGGUAUGGUGCCUGCAACCUACUUACAGAAGCGCAAAGAAGUGCAGUUACAUGCUAUGCCCUGGUAUCACGGAAGUAUAACAAGAGAGCAGGCUGAAGAUUUACUCCAGUUUAAGGAAGAUGGCGUCUUUUUAUUAAGAGACAGUGUACAUUUCCGUGGGGACUUCACAUUGUCUGUCGUGUAUUAUAACAAAGUUGAACACUAUCGUGUGAUUUUACGACAGAAUAAGCUGGAGAUUGACGGGGGAGAUUGUCAGUUCCAAACGUUAAUUGAUCUGGUUGAGCAUUAUACAAAGGAUGCUGAUGGUUUAUGUACAAGGUUAUUACAACCUUUACAGAAGAAAGGAUCCAGUUUCUCUGCAGUAUCAGUACAGGAUUUUGAAAGUGGAGGAUGGGUGAUUAGUCAAAAAGAUUUACAAAUAUAUGAAUUGAUAGGAAAAGGAGAAUUUGGAGAUGUAUACAAAGGAACUUACAGAAAUCAAGGUGUAGCAAUAAAAGAAUUGAAAGAUAAAGAACGAGCUGGUCAAGCUUUCUUAAAAGAAGCUUCUGUGAUGACGUCUAUGAGACAUCCAAACUUGGUCCAAUUGAUAGGUGUUGUUAUAGGCGACACUAUACAGCUGGUUACAGAAUUUAUGGGUAAAGGAAAUCUGGUGGAAUAUUUACGGUCCAGGGGGAGAAGUGUUAUAACUAAGAAAGAUCAAAUAGAUUUCACUGAUGAUAUAUGCUCAGCCAUGCAGUAUUUAGAGAGUAAAGAUUUGGUGCACAGAGAUUUAGCAGCCAGAAAUAUUUUAGUAAAUGAUAAUAAUACUGCCAAGGUUUCAGAUUUUGGUUUAGCUAAAUAUGGAGAUUAUAGUGCUGAAGGAGGAAAGUUUCCGAUCAAGUGGACAGCCCCUGAGGCUCUCAGAGAUAAUAAAUUUACAAAUAAAUCAGAUAUGUGGAGUUUUGGGAUUUUACUAUGGGAAGUUUAUUCCUUUGGAAGAGUACCAUAUCCAAGAAUACCAUUAUCAGACGUUGUUAUGCAUGUGGAGCGAGGAUACAGAAUGGAGGCUCCAGAUGGUUGUCCACAAGAGAUUUACAAUAUCAUGAUGCAGGCAUGGGAAAUAGAUCCAAAACAACGUCCAACUUUUAAACAAGUGCUAGAAAAAUUAAACAAUUUACGUGCAACAACUGUAUAGUAUUUUUUUUUGUACCUUAUGUUUGAAUAUUUAUUUCCUGGAAAUAUACUUUAUUACUCAAAAAGUCACAAAGAGGGCAUGAUAUUGGCAAAAGAGUUCCUCUAAAGGGAAAUAACUGUAGAUUGAAUUAAAACAGUAGAUUCUGUAUUCUUUUUUGUUAUCCUUUGAAGGAUUUUUAUAUGAGCUUAUUAUUGUGCAGCUGAUUAGUUGCUUUCUGAAUAGGUUUGUUAAGUUGAAGAAUUCUAAUCUUUUAUCAAGAGUGAUGGAUAAUUCAAGAUGGAUAUGAAUCAUUAUUUGCAUAGACAAUAUAUUAGUCAUUACAUAUGGCUUGUAAGCAAGAGUAUUUUUUAAAUUGUGUAUUAAGUACAAGUUGUAGAAGGUCAUCUUAUAUUAAAUCUUAGUAAUUCCAUGUCAGGAGUGAUGUCUCAUGGUGAGAAAUAGAUAUGAAGUGAAAAUAUAUAAAAAAGAGAUGAAAAUUUACACAUACUAUCAACUGGUGAUAUUGUUUCCAAUUAGUAAUAAUCAUUUGAAGUUGUCCUUUCUUUUAAUUCUAUUUUUUGUUAAAGUAUUUCAUUCAUUGUAUUUUGAAAACCAUGUAUGCAUUUUUUAGAUAAUUAAUUCAAUGAUGAGGUAAAAUUCUGUACAUAAUAUGAUUAUAUUGCUAUUGUAAUAUAUCGCUAAUUAUUUUAAAUGAUUUUUAAAGGGCACUUAUUCUCCAAAUAAUAUAUAAUUGAAGAAUUUCACCUGUUUAGCCACAAAAAUAAACCUAUCUGCAUAAGUGUAAAUGUUAAGUUGUUUUAAAAUAUUUUAUUAAAAAAAAAGAAAGUCUUCAUGGCUUUUAUUAUCCACCUUGAUUUUAUUGAUUGUGAUAUUUAGAUUCCAGUCUCCACCAAAUAUAUAAACAUGAUUGUUCAAAUAUUGAAAUUAAAGAUUAUUGCAUAUCAGUGUUGAAAUGACUUCAACCAUGUAAUUUUCACUGAAACAGUAAGUAGUACAAAGAUUCACUAGGUUGAAUGUUGUAAAGAAACUUUUGGUGAAAACUGUAAAGAAGAUAACUAGCAGUUAUAUUAGAAUGAGUUAAAAUAAAGUUUUGCAUAGCCCUCUGCUCUGACAUUAUUUGUCAGUAGAAAAUAUUUUUUUUCAGUGUUCCUAGACAUUGGCAGUACUUUUAUUGAUUAUUAUUUUAUUAGUAAAUUCAUCUGACUUUACACUGUGAAUAAGUUGUAGGUAAAAUCUAGUUACAUAAUCAUCAGUGAAGCACAAUGUUCACUCAAAAUCUAUUUUUUGAUAAACAUUUAAAUUUGAUCUAGUUACAAAUUGUAGGAAGAUUUUUAUUAGGAAUUAAAAAUAUAAUUGAUUUUUAUUACUAUUCUGUUAGAUAAUAAGAGUUGAAAACCUUGAUGAAUCCCUAAAGUUCUUUAAGAACCAACUACCUUAAUUUUUAACCAUGUAUAGUGAAUGUAUUUAGAACGAUGAAAAUAUGUAUACUACAUUUGAUGCAUUUGGUUUAUACUACUUUAACAAGGUUUCAAGUAAUUGACAGUGUUAAAAAAUGUAUUUUUUCAAAAUUAAAACUAUUUGUGUAAAAGAUGAUGACUUAAAAAAGGUGGAAUGAAUUCCUUGUUGAAAUAUAAUGUGUGGAUGUAUGAUAGUUCAAAAGCUAUAUUCCUCUAUGUGAAAUAUUUUUUUAUACUUGUAUAUAGUAACCAAUUAUCUGACUUGCCAAAACCAUAUAUUAUAUGUAUGUUCAUGAUCUGAAGAAGGGUAGGACUUCUUUUUCAGGACAAGUGAACAAGUUUUGGUAUAUAUAUUAUUGAAUAAAUAAACCCUUUUUUAUAUGUUCAAUGAUAGAUGUCAUAGUUCAAGUUAAAGAUUCAGUUAUGACAUUUAGUACUUUUUUCUUAAAAUAUUAAAAGGAUUUUGCCUAAAAGUUUGGACUUUAAUUUAAUUUUUAUUUUGAAAAGGUUUAAAAAGUUAAUCUGAUUUGCUUUUUAAUUGCUAGCAAGUAGCAUUGAUUUGAGUUUCUGCAAAGAGUUUUUAUAGCACAGGUAAAGGUAUUUAAUAGUUACUACUUUCAGAACUUAUAAUACAAUUGAUGUUCCAAGUGAGUAUUUGUACAUGUAUAAUGAUGAUAAUUAAAACUUGCAUACUUUUUAGUAGUUUAUUUCCAUCAAAAUGAGAUUAAUUAAAUGUCUCAUUUACUACUUCAAUAUGAUAACUUCUGUGAAGUAGUUUCACCGAGUUAAAAUUUUGUAAUUUCUAGGUCCAAACUUGUUCACAAGAAAAUUUCCCACCUUUUAGUACACAAAAUUAUUUCUGAAUUUAAUUUAGUUGUUCUAGUGACAUAUAACUGCAUUUCCAAGUUUCUUUUUAAAAACUGUUUGUUUUCAUGCAUCAUUUGAAAUUGAGUAAUGUUUAUUAGUCAUGAACCAUAGGCUUAUAAAAUUUUCUGAUUGUGUCUAAUUUGGGUAUUGUAAUGGAAGUAAAAUAAAGUUAAAACAGCUUGUCUUUAAUGAUAAUGUUUUGUUGUGAAAUUGUUGUUCUUCAGCUUUGGUAAAGAGGACUAAAGCAACUAUUUGCAUGCAUGGCUUUGAACUUUCUUCUAGAGCUAGCUAGCUCAUUGCUUACGUAUUUCAUAUACAUGUACUAGAAAGGGUCAUACAUACAUGUAGUGAUCCUCUGUCUGUCCAUUUCCUUAAGGUUUCCUGAUGACUUCAAUACCCUUGACCAACCAAACAUUUUAAUAUUUUUUUUACAUGAUAUCAUUGGCACUAAAAUUUGAGUUUAGUUUUUUGUUUGGUGGAUUUUACAUUUACUGUUAAAGAGUUACAUCCCUUGGUUCUCUGAAUGAACGUUAGAGGUAGCAGUAUCUUUAUUUCUAAAAUCUCCUGAGGGUUGUUUUUAUCUUAUUCCUAAAGUUUUAUUCUUUGGUUUAUUGUUAUUUGGAUAAAAAGGCUGUAUGCCAGCAUAAUUUAUGGCAGCUUUAAAUUUCCUAGAAUUUUUUAAUAAACUUUAACCCCCUGAAUUUAUGAUUUUUGAUAAAGUUGUUUGUAUUAUUAUAAAACAUAAUUUAUAACAAGUAGGCAAGAUGUAAAUGUAGCAUUUUUUUUUAUACUAUAUGUCCUUUACUGCCUAAAUUUAAUAUUUUUCUUGUUAAUUUCUCUUAUACUUAUAUCCUAUUUACUAAUUUUAGAUAUGCUUCAAAAAUCAUUAGAACAAAUAUACCCAUAACUUCUUAUUUCAAAAUAAUACAUAUAUUAUAUCAGCAUUAUUCUUUAAAUUUAACAUUAAAUAAAUAUAAAUUUUCAUAUAAAUCACCAGCCCAGUAGCAAGUACUUCGGUACUGGCAUGAAAAUACAGAUAUUGUUAUGAUUUAAAUUUGCUGUUUCAAAAUUUCGAAAUCAUUUUAGAUUAAGGAAUGUAUCUCCCUCAUGCAUAACUAUGAUUCCUUGUCAGAGUUUGGGUGAACUUUUUGUCCUUUUUGUUUUAUCAGCUCUUCAUCGUUUCUGUCAGGUUUUAGACUUUCAAAUAUUUCGGCCUCGAGCAUCACUGAAGAGACAUUAAUUGUGGAAAUGUGCAUCAGGUGUAGUAAAAUUGGUACUGUUGAUGUUUUCACCAAUCACUUAACUUGCUUUAAUGAUUGAAAGAAAAUAGGAAAGUUAAAUGUAGACAAUCUGUUUUAUUGAAUAAUAACAGAGUUUAUUGUUUUUUUUUACUCAUGUAGUUAUAUUAUGGAUAGAAUAUAUAAGUUAUUUGUAUUGUGAUCAAAAGAAAGGGAAAAUUGGUGUAACAUUUAUUUUGUGUACAGGAAUAAAAUUCUAUGUACAUGUAUGUUAUACAUAUUUAGUAAAGGAAAUUAUUUAACAGGUUUUGGAAACAUUCAGUAAGAAAACGAAUUUUUAUACUGAUUUAGGAUGCUGUGGAUCUAUAAAAAUGCCAGAAAUAUAAACAUAGAUUUUGGUUAUUUUUUAGUUAAGAGAUCAUAGAUAAAUUGUGAAGUAUAGAGUGAGUGAAACACAUAUUUAAAAUCAAAAUCAUUUGUAUAUAGAAAGAAUGGAGACAACACACCAACAGUUACAUAAAUCUUCUUUUUAUCAUUCAGAGACCCAAAGUUCCUUUAGUCAUGGCAGCAUGUUAGUAUAUUUUGAAAGACUUAAGAUAUUUCAGGGACUGUUCAAAAUCUCUUUAAAGUUUAAGCUGACUACUAGAUAUAAUAAAAACUAAUCUUCUUUUGGAUAUUUUAAUAUUGUAGUUUUAGUAAAGUUAUUUGACCAUCUAUUUUUCUUCACCUUCUUGAGUAGACAUAUUAUUUUAGUUAAUACACCAAGAUUGCUUCUUCAAAAUAUAGAAUGCCAGGCAAAUGAAAAGGAUAUGUGCACACAUGCCAGGCCAGGCCAAAACACUAUUUAUUCAAUUUUAAAAGAAAAGUAUGACAAAUGACAGUUUACACUGAAGAUGAGUCUCCAGAAAUAUAGUGUUUUUCAAGUGGAUAAUGAGAAUUAAACAUUGAAAUAUGAUAAAAAUGUGACAUUUAUUGAGAUAAACAUGAUUUAAAAAAAAUGGAAAUAGCUUCUUUGGUGCUUUUCAUGAUCAUUAUGCUUGGCUUAUUGUGGCCUUGUUACUAUUUGAUAUUAUAACCUGUGUAAAGUAGAAUACCAUGCAUCAUUUAGCUGUUGUGCAUAAUAAGUUUUCUUUGCUUGCUCAAGUUGCAAAAUCCUAAAUAAUUUUUCGCUAUAGAACAGUGUUUGAUCAUUGUGUGUUAGCAGUAGCAUUAGAAUUAUACUAUAUUUUGUCCAAAAAAAUUUCCAACCUAUUGUUUAUAAUUUCUUUACAUUUGACAAGUCCACCUAGGAUAUGUUUAUCCAAUUUGCAAGAGAGUUGAACUUGCUCCUUUCCAAUCACAAAUUAUGGAAAAAUUUGUAUAGUAUAAAUGCUCACAAUGUCAAAAUUGUAUAUGGUAAAUGAAAUAAUGAAAUAACAAAAUGUUUAACAAUCACAGUAUGACAUAUCAUGAUUGAAAAGAUUUCAGACUCUUAAGCAUACAUAACCUACAAGAUUUGUGAAAUUGUUACCUCUCUUACCAUUUUUCUCCUGGUGCAUUAUAUUCUUUCAGCCUGACAUAAAGUUAACAUUUAAAAUUUCAACAGGCUUUUAAUAACGAAAGGCCAUUCAUUGUCACACUUAGAUUUAUACAGCUAGGAAGAACUAUAGAUUGGGCAAUAGUCGUAAUCUGAAGGACAUACUGUCACAUUUGAAUGUCUUCUAUUGCAGUAAAUUUUUGUUUUCCUUACCUUUCUGUCCAACAUCUGUUAUUCGGGAACUGCGAUGCACCAUAUUUCUGUAUAACCACAACAAAUGUAUGAAGCAUUUACAGAAACAAUAUAGUCCCGAGUUUAAAUAUUAUUUUAUAUUGAAGUGUUUCAAGGUCUCAUUCAAUCAAGUCUCCUUUUGUGACUUUUUUCUGGACAUCAAAAAGGGAAGCAUUUGCACACUUUUACAGUAUAAAAUAUAUAAGUAUUAACAAGGCGUGUUUUAUAAGAAUUUCUUUGUUUUGAAGCACUUAUUUGUAUGGUUAAGUACAUGUACAGAAUUGUUUUGAUGUUAUAAUUUGAUACAUUGGAGUGUAUAAAUGUGAUACAAGCCUGUAUAAACUGUCUGGUGUACAUGUAUAUCAUUUAUUAUAAUGUAUUGUUAUAAAUAAAUUUAACUAUUGCUAAA